AUGGAGGCACGAAAGCCGUCACACUGCGUCAAGGUGCAGUCUCGUCGUGAUGACUCGAAACAGCUUACCGAACAGAAACGCGAACAAUUAUUAACUGAAAUGUUGCAAAAUACUGAUUGGGUUGUAUCCGGCAUCCACGUGAUCAGCCCGGUGUUUAUCACUGAGAAGAUGCUAGAUCGAUGCAAAACCAAUCUGAAUACCAUAUCACACGACGCUGCUAUUGGCCUUAUUCAAGCGGCAUUGGACGCCGGCAUCAAUGUGACAGAGGUAUUUGUGGAUACCGUUGGGAAAGCAGAACACUAUCAAGUGAAACUACAAGCCCUGUUCCCCAAGUUGCAGAUUUGCGUGGAAAGUAAAGCGGAUGACACAUACCCGAUAGUCAGCGCUGCGAGUAUUUUUGCCAAGGUUACGCGCGAUCGACUUCUGAAUAUGUGGCCUGAAAACGAACGAGGUGUUGCGAACCCAGAGCUUGGAUCGGGCUAUCCUGGAGAUCCACUGACGAAGAGCUAUCUGGAAUCCUGUCUGGAUCCCGUAUUUGGAUUCCCGUCUAUUGUGCGAUCAAGCUGGUCUACUGCAACCACGUUAAUGGACAAACAUGGUGUAAAAAUCACUUGGGAGGACGAUGAGGAUCCGGAAAAGACGUCCGAGGCCAAGCGGUUGGCACGAAAACGAGAGAUGGCCAAGGGCACAUGUCAGUUAUCCAACUUUUUCAGCCCGUCGAGAAAGUCCACCGAAACCAAACGGACCACAACGCGACAGCCAUAUUUUGUUCGUGCCAAUAUGGUUCAUGUGGACGUCUUGAUUUAA